UGGGCCACCCCUGUACGUGACGUUCCUAUCCAUACUAGUUUCCACAUGCUCUCUCCUCGCCUCGGCGUACAAAAAAAGCAAACACUUUCUGGGCACCAUUCCGUAUUCCUUUCUAUCCCAUUGAAUCAGGCUGAGCCGCAGAUUGCGAGGUCCACCCUGCCCUGCCUGUUUCCUCUGUUACCUAAUCCGUGCACUGUUUCCUAAUUUUGUCCGACCGUCCGACAAGCAGCUCGCGAGUCGCGCCUCAAUCACAGAAAUUUACCGUGUUUUCGCCCUGCAACCUUUUCUUCGAGCAGGUUUGCUUCAUUCAAGCCCUUUCCAUAUCAUUGUGUAAUAAUCACCCGCGCUUUCCUUAACAAGAUUCAGGAGAUAUGAUUAGGUUAUUCAAAGUAAAGGAAAAGCAGAGAGAACUUGCUGAAAAUUCCCAAGGUGGGGUACCUGUAAAGAAGCAAACAGCUGGAGAAUUGCGUCUUCAUAAAGAUAUCUCUGAGCUGAAUCUACCAAAAUCGUGUGCCAUAUCAUUUCCCAAUGGCAAGGAUGACCUGAUGAAUUUUGAGGUUUCUAUUCGACCUGAUGAAGGAUAUUAUUUGGGUGGCACAUUUUUGUUCUCCUUCCAAGUUUCUCCCAUCUAUCCACACGAGGCACCAAAGGUCAAGUGCAAAACGAAGGUCUAUCACCCCAAUAUUGACUUGGAAGGAAGUGUCUGCCUCAACAUCCUUCGGGAAGAUUGGAAACCUGUCCUUAAUAUAAACACCAUCAUCUAUGGGCUAUAUCAUCUUUUCACGGAACCAAAUUCCGAGGAUCCUCUUAAUCAUGAUGCAGCUGCGGUGUUGAGAGACAAUCCAAAGAUGUUUGAAGCUAAUGUGAGAAGGGCCAUGGCUGGUGGAUACGUGGGGCAAACCUUUUUUCAACGGUGUCUGUAGGUUUGGGAGCACUGAGUGCUGACUCAGUCAUUUCAUCAUUUGAUUAAGUGCCCAUGGAUUGGAUUGUAAAAUUUAUUUGCAAAUUAUAGGCUAAUUGCCUGCCACAAGUAAGGGCAUCAAUUCCUGAGAGACCAAUCAAACUAAAACCCAAAUGAAGACGGUGUGUUACUCUUUUAUGUGAAGCAUUUUGAGUGUUAAUAUGCCCUGCAUAAUCUGGGAAAAGUGCUUGCUCAAA